AUGGAGGAAAAAAAUAGCCAUUCGUACCUGCAGUCCUAAACACAGAAUUUAGAAUUCAAAAGAGAAAUCAAAGUACAAGUACCCAUCUCAUCUAGUUGCUGAUCUGAUUUAAUCUAACUCUUUACUUAAAGAUAGGUUGUCUUGAAACUAAGCAAAUAUACAUAGAACCUCAGGGAAUUGAAUGA